AUGGACCUGGAAUCUAAAAACUCAACUUUGGACGAUGAACUCCAGAAAUUCACGUUCCUGUUGGAGCGCUAUCUGGUAACUCUGGUGAACGUGGCCUACUACGUGUAUUUUCACAAGCAGAACGAGCCAAGCGUUCUGGAGAAACAAGCAGCUUUCAAAGAAGUUCGAGACAAGAUUUAUGUGCUGGCAGUGGAGACAGAGAAAGUGGGGCGUACCUCAUGGCCAGAUCUUGGUCGAGUUGGACUGAAAUCACUUAUGUCUCGGCACUUUCUGCAAGAGCUAUGCUACUGCUCGCACAAAGUGAGUGACGAGCUUGAACAUAUCAUUGAAAACAAGGUGCAGGAUCACGACAACCACGAAACCCCAAUGUCGCUAGAAACAAUACCCAACCACUUGCGGAACUGUAUACUCGGGUUCGUGCAGAUAUUCCAUUUUAUCAAAAAGCUGCCGGUCCAGCAGCAGUACCGGAUCUCAGCGCUACAAUUGCAGAUACUUGAACGAGAACUUAAAAACGACUUGGUGAAACCGUGGACCCGCCAGGUCGAGACCUUGCAUUCCACAAUUGGCUGGGUGCUUCUGUCAGACACGCAUUUCCGCGAAAAGCUAAAUCAGUACAAAUUGGAGAGAAAAGAUCAGUCAGAUCAGCCUGCUUUUAACUUGUGGCUCCGUGAGGAAAUCCGUAAGUAG